AUGCAGAUCUUCGUGAAAACUCUUACCGGUAAAACCAUUGCUCUGGAGGUCGAAGCCAGUGACACCAUUGAGAACGUAAAGGCCAAGAUCCAAGACAAGGAGGGUAUCCCUCCGGAUCAGCAGCGACUGAUUUUUGCUGGUAAACAGUUGGAGGAGGGCCGCACGCUUGCGGACUACAACAUUCAGAAGGAGUCGACACUGCAUCUUGUGCUUCGUCUUCGAGGUGGUAUGCAGAUCUUCGUGAAAACUCUUACCGGUAAAACCAUUGCUCUGGAGGUCGAAGCCAGUGACACCAUUGAGAACGUAAAGGCCAAGAUCCAAGAUAAGGAGGGUAUCCCUCCGGAUCAGCAACGACUCAUUUUUGCUGGCAAACAGUUGGAGGAGGGCCGCACGCUUGCGGACUACAACAUUCAGAAGGAGUCGACACUGCAUCUUGUGCUUCGUCUUCGAGGUGGUAUGCAGAUCUUCGUGAAAACUCUUACCGGUAAAACCAUUGCUCUGGAGGUCGAAGCCAGUGACACCAUUGAGAACGUAAAGGCCAAGAUCCAAGAUAAGGAGGGUAUCCCUCCGGAUCAGCAACGACUCAUUUUUGCUGGCAAACAGUUGGAGGAGGGCCGCACGCUUGCGGACUACAACAUUCAGAAGGAGUCGACACUGCAUCUUGUGCUUCGUCUUCGAGGUGGUAUGCAGAUCUUCGUGAAAACUCUUACCGGUAAAACCAUUGCUCUGGAGGUCGAAGCCAGUGACACCAUUGAGAACGUAAAGGCCAAGAUCCAAGAUAAGGAGGGUAUCCCUCCGGAUCAGCAACGACUCAUUUUUGCUGGCAAACAGUUGGAGGAGGGCCGCACGCUUGCGGACUACAACAUUCAGAAGGAGUCGACACUGCAUCUUGUGCUUCGUCUUCGAGGUGGUAUGCAGAUCUUCGUGAAAACUCUUACCGGUAAAACCAUUGCUCUGGAGGUCGAAGCCAGUGACACCAUUGAGAACGUAAAGGCCAAGAUCCAAGAUAAGGAGGGUAUCCCUCCGGAUCAGCAGCGACUGAUUUUUGCUGGCAAACAGUUGGAGGAGGGCCGCACGCUUGCGGACUACAACAUUCAGAAGGAGUCGACACUGCAUCUUGUGCUUCGUCUUCGAGGUGGUAUGCAGAUCUUCGUGAAAACUCUUACCGGUAAAACCAUUGCUCUGGAGGUCGAAGCCAGUGACACCAUUGAGAACGUAAAGGCCAAGAUCCAAGAUAAGGAGGGUAUCCCUCCGGAUCAGCAACGACUGAUUUUUGCUGGUAAACAGUUGGAGGAGGGCCGCACGCUUGCGGACUACAACAUUCAGAAGGAGUCGACGCUGCAUCUUGUGCUUCGUCUUCGAGGUGGUAUGCAGAUCUUCGUGAAAACUCUUACCGGUAAAACCAUUGCUCUGGAGGUCGAAGCCAGUGACACCAUUGAGAACGUAAAGGCCAAGAUCCAAGAUAAGGAGGGUAUCCCUCCGGAUCAGCAACGACUCAUUUUUGCUGGCAAACAGUUGGAGGAGGGCCGCACGCUUGCGGACUACAACAUUCAGAAGGAGUCGACACUGCAUCUUGUGCUUCGUCUUCGAGGUGGUAUGCAGAUCUUCGUGAAAACUCUUACCGGUAAAACCAUUGCUCUGGAGGUCGAAGCCAGUGACACCAUUGAGAACGUAAAGGCCAAGAUCCAAGAUAAGGAGGGUAUCCCUCCGGAUCAGCAACGACUGAUUUUUGCUGGUAAACAGUUGGAGGAGGGCCGCACGCUUGCGGACUACAACAUUCAGAAGGAGUCGACGCUGCAUCUUGUGCUUCGUCUUCGAGGUGGUAUGCAGAUCUUCGUGAAAACUCUUACCGGUAAAACCAUUGCUCUGGAGGUCGAAGCCAGUGACACCAUUGAGAACGUAAAGGCCAAGAUCCAAGAUAAGGAGGGUAUCCCUCCGGAUCAGCAACGACUCAUUUUUGCUGGCAAACAGUUGGAGGAGGGCCGCACGCUUGCGGACUACAACAUUCAGAAGGAGUCGACACUGCAUCUUGUGCUUCGUCUUCGAGGUGGUUGGUAG